GGAAUCGGCGGCAGUCUACGAGUAUACGAGUAACGCGCCGCGGUCGGCUCACGACGACGAGGUGGUGGAAGAGAGGCACGGCGAGGUGGUAUGUACGUUAGCGGCGCUGAAGAGAAACGGCGUUCGGUCGCGCGGAGUCUAUCGCGAGCCCCCGAGGAGCGAGUUGAGCGCGAGCGAGCGAUUCCGGUCUUUCGUGGUCUUCCCCACGAGAGAUCACGCGGCGUCUUCGUCGUACGCGCGGGUGGGUGGGCGCGUGCGCGCGCGCGCGCGCGAGCCCUUAAGUACGGAAUACGUGAGAAACGUGUCUCUGCCGCGGAAGUUGCGCAACCGGCGCUUCUUGACGUCUCCGCGCCGUUUCAGGAUGGGUUAAAGCGUGCUGUGAGUUUUGAGUUUUUCAUUUCGCCUGGCUGUAUCAGUGACGUGAUUCAACGACCCAUCGGUGGUGUACAGUGAAAUUCCACAGACGACUCGUUCGUCCCCUUGGUUCUCCUCGGUCUCGGCUGAGAGAGCGAACGUAUCGUGAGCGCCGUUGUUCGGAGUAGAGUCGUCGAUAUUCCGGAGUCGUCAGCCCGCGUUCAGGGCGAAUGAACUGCGUACCGGCGAUGAUGGUUCUCCGUAGCGCGGCGAUGCGCAAGUAAUGAGGGAGCUGCGUGAUCGACCGAGCACGACCGGCGAUGAUAGAGAGAAAGGAAGAGGAGAGAAAGAGAGAGAAAGAGAAAUUAUAUAUAUCUAACCUCGACCUCCAAGUAUCGGCUGUUUUGUAGUAGCGUGCGCCGCAACGACGUCGUCGUCACGCCACGCGGUAUAGACGGGAGUUCGACAGUGCGGGACGUGUCGCAGUAACGAGAGCCUCCGCGAUGAAGUCUAGUAUUACUUUGUAAGGCUGCAACCCUGAAAACGGAGUACCUUGUAACGUACCAAAUAGCAAAACCUACUAGCGUGCAAUAAUCUCUCAUCGUUCGAUCCCUGAAUAACGGGUCUGACCUAAAGAAGCUUAAUCUCGUGAUAGGAAGAUCCUGGAUUAAUUGGAGAACUAUCGGGAACUUUGUAGAAGUCAAUCGUGUCAAGUCGAGCUCAACAAGUGGACCGUCGUCUUACGGAUCGUCGACUCCGCUAAAACCGGAUCGUCCGGAAAGCGGAAUCUUUGACGAAAUCGCAGAUCUAUGUUCCGAUAUCAUGCUCCCUUUUUUUUUUGAUUCUUGAUCUUCAAUUUUGGAACAUCGGAUACGUCAAACGUGCAACAAGUUGAAGAACACGUGGCGAACGCAGCGCGCUCGAAUCAAUUAAAGUAUCUGUUUCUUACGUAAGACUCCGUGACGUCGUGGUGAUAACAUUUGGUCGUUGUUGAUAAAAUUCAAGAUUUCAAGAUUUCGCGUAAGAUGAGCAGAUAAUAGAUCACGAGAACGGUCAGUCGACGAUCGGUGCUUGACGUGACGAGAAGCGCGACAAGUUUGGCGUUUUAAAUUCGGAUAUCGCGUUUUGAUGCUGAUUCUUUAAAUCGCGGUGAACUCAAGAUCGAGAAAUUCUCCAAUCUUCAAGAUUCUUCGAGAUUCGCGAAAGCGAUGUAAGCGACACCUCGACUCGAGGUGAGAAUAUUCUUGAAGAGUCCUCGUCGAGGACAAGAAGCGAGGGAAUCCGGGACACCCCCCUUUCCCUCCGAAAGAGAGAGUUUUCUUAAUUAUUAGUGCGGCGGGGCGGCAAGUAACUUUGAAUGACCUUCGUAUUCUGCGGCUUCGUCUUCGACUCGUCCGACGAGAAGACGAGACAAAUGCCGGUCGCUUCGGAAGACUGGAUGCCCCACCCGGGCGCCAAGAUAACCAGUUCCAUCACCACCGUCAAGGGUGCCACUAUACAGAGCACUACAACGGCCUGGAUGUCGCCCUAUAGCAGGACGACGCCGCCCGAUCGCGGAGGGUCCAACAACAUUAACAAUAACAACAACAACAACAACGGCGUGGUUAUAUUGGAUGGUUGUAGACCGCCGGCGGCUACGACAGCCAGAAGAUUCUUCAGGUGGUUCAGCAGACUGGGACAACCACCGAUGGGCAAAUCAGGGGUGCUGGAGAUGGCGGCCACCGAGAACACGAUCCGAUUUAGCGGCCACACGUUGGACAAGGCGACCAAGGCCAAGGUAACGCUGGAGAACUAUUACAGCAAUCUGAUAGCGCAGCAUAUCGAGCGGAAGCAGAGGCUGGCGAAGCUCGAGGAGUCCCUCAAGGAUGAAGGCCUCUCGGAGCAGCAGAAGCAGGAGAAGAGGCUGCAGCAUGCACAGAAGGAAACGGAAUUUCUCCGGCUGAAGCGGUCUAGGCUCGGCGUCGAGGAUUUUGAGCCUCUCAAGGUCAUCGGCAGAGGAGCCUUUGGCGAGGUGAGACUCGUGCAAAAGAAGGACACUGGACAUGUAUACGCGAUGAAGAUCCUCCGGAAGGCGGACAUGCUUGAAAAGGAACAGGUCGCGCACGUCAGAGCGGAGAGGGACGUUCUCGUGGAAGCGGAUCAUCAAUGGGUCGUCAAGAUGUACUACAGUUUCCAGGAUCCUAUAAAUCUCUAUCUAAUAAUGGAGUUUCUUCCCGGUGGUGACAUGAUGACACUGCUCAUGAAGAAAGACACGCUUUCCGAGGAGUGCACGCAAUUUUAUAUUUCCGAAACGGCAUUAGCGAUCGAUUCCAUACACAAAUUAGGUUUUAUUCAUAGAGACAUCAAGCCAGACAACCUGUUGCUGGAUGCACGGGGCCACAUAAAACUUUCUGAUUUUGGGCUGUGCACGGGCUUGAAAAAAUCGCAUAGGACUGACUUUUAUCGAGACCUGAGUCAAGCAAAACCUUCUGAUUUUAUGACAUCAUGCGGGAGUGGAAGCGGCGGUGCGAUGGAUAGUAAAAGGAGAGCCGAGAGUUGGAAGAGGAACAGGAGAGCGCUGGCUUACAGUACAGUAGGUACUCCAGAUUACAUCGCGCCGGAAGUAUUCCUGCAAACAGGUUACGGACCGGCUUGCGAUUGUUGGUCCUUGGGAGUAAUUAUGUACGAGAUGCUUAUAGGAUAUCCACCAUUCUGCAGUGAGAAUCCACAGGAAACAUAUAGAAAAGUAAUGAACUGGCGAGAAACGUUGGUGUUUCCGCCAGAAGUUCCCAUUAGCGAAGAGGCUAAAGACACCAUCAUCAGAUUUUGUUGCGAAGCCGAUAGAAGAUUAGGGGCGCAGAGAGGCAUAGAGGAGCUCAAAUUAGCGCCUUUCUUCCGCGGUGUCGAUUGGGAGCAUAUCAGGGAAAGACCAGCCGCCAUACCGGUCGAAGUGCGAUCCAUCGAUGACACAUCUAACUUUGACGAAUUUCCAGACGUAAAAUUAGAAAUACCAUCCGCGCCGAUGCCACAGGACGGCGAAGUAAUAUAUAAGGAUUGGGUAUUCAUUAAUUAUACCUUCAAACGCUUCGAAGGCCUGACACAACGAGGCACACCGAUCAAGAAAUAGCAACCCCUUACUUCCUGCUCGAUCACCAGUGCCGUAGCUAAUCAGCAGCCAGCUGACGUGAUCGAAAUUCCGGCCUUGGUACAUCAUCCCCAUCCGCCGUCGACGGCAAUGGUGUCGCGUACAGCGGACGGCUGACCUGUCUCGCUCUUGGACGUAGUUCAAGUCAUUCUUAUUUGUAUAUAUGUGAUGAGCAUGGAUUGUCAUGAAUAAGCGCGGCAUCACGAUAUUGGUAGUCGCGGGUGGCGACAAGAGCCAAACGGAUAGGCGAGCGGAUAUGGGAAAGUAUAGCGAUAAAGGUGCACAAUAUGCAAAUAUAUCGCAUGCCUCAACGUAUGCGCCGAUAACGGCAUAGCGCGCGAUAAGGCGAUGCGAGCAAAGUCUUUCGUUGUGUGACUCACGGUGAUUCUCGUAUGUAUCCCCGUUGAGUAACAUUAUUCUUUAAUCUUGUCGUGCCGCGGAGAAGAUGUUUUGUGCGAAGCGUAGCAUAAUAAGCUCUCUGUGGUAAUGGUAUUAAACAGAAACGAUCGGAGAGAGCCUCGGUCCCAUGAUUCUUACAUACUUUCUCACUUAUCUACGCGACGCGUGUGUGUCAAUGAAAUUUUAUUGGAUAAAAUAUAUUUGUCGACUAAGCUCUCGAAUCAAGCUCUCUCUUUCUCUCUGUUUGAACGUUGUAUUUAUAAUUAACUCUCUGUGAUAUAUGAAGUUGUUGAAAAUAUCUGCUACUUUCGGACUUUUUUGUCUGUUAGCGGAUGCUACGCUUUUAUUGAUGUUGUAUAUACGUGAUUAAUCGUAUUUCGAUAUGUCUUGAAAAUUUAAAAGUUGUUGCGAUGGGAUUUUAUAAUAUGUAUUCUUGUGCUACUUUUGGGAGCUUAGAUCCAUUCAUGAAAACUGGGCAAAUUGCAAAA